AUGUCCAACAACUUGCACAUUCUCAACCAUCCUCUCGUCAACGCCGAGCUCUCCAAACUUAGGCAGACGUCCACAACGUCGAAGGAAUUCCGUGAGGGUGUGCAUAACAUUAGCCUCUUUCUGGGCUAUGAAGCUUCUCGAGGAUUCGAAGAAGCCACCUUCCAAGGCCAAUCCCCGGUUUCGACUUUCACUGGUACUACUGUCAAGCCUAGGCUUGGUUUAACGCCCAUUCUUCGAGCUGGUUUGGGAAUGACGGAUGCCCUAUUGACCCUCUUCCCAUCGGCUCCUGUCUACCACCUUGGAAUUUACCGAGAGAAGGUCACAUUACAGCCCGUCGAAUACUACUCAAAGCUGCCGCCAUCGCCUCCCAUCGACAAUGUGUUCCUACUAGAUCCUUUGAUUGCGACAGGUGGAACGGUGUGUGCAGCUAUUGGCAUGCUCACAGAGUGGGGUAUUCCGAUCAAGAACAUCAAGCUUCUGUGCGUAUUGGCAUCCCGAGAUGGAUUGAACCAUGUCCAGAAGGAGUACCCUGACCUCGAACUCUGGGUUGCUGGGGUCGACGAGACUUUGACGACUGACGGCAUCAUCAGCCCCGGUCUUGGUGAUAGCGGAGACCGGCUGUUCAAUACAGUUACCAAUGCAUAUAAGCAGUAGGCGUAAUUGAUUCCAUGUGCUAGACCAAUAUACUUUUCAUCUUU